AUGUUGAGCAAGUUGAAGAUAUCUGGCCCUUCCUCCGGUCCUUCCUCCGGCUCUGCUGGCGAUGCCAGCACAGCCUCUGGCCCUUCAGGGCUGGUGGACACCGACGACAUCAACGAGAUCACGCACGAAGGACAAUCGAUCCUCAUGAAUAUCAUUUCUCAAUUACGCCCUGGCAUGGACUUGACGAAAAUCACGCUUCCUACAUUCAUCUUGGAAAAAAAGUCUAUGCUAGAGAGGAUCACCAACUUUUUUCAGAUCCCUCAGUUAUUGGUCGUGGCGAAUCGGGAAGAGGACGAGUUGAAGAGGUUUGUGGGGGUGGUCAAGUGGUACCUUGCCUCGUGGCAUAUAGCCCCGAAGGCAGUGAAGAAGCCAUUGAAUCCGGUGCUAGGGGAGACCUACUCUUGCUACUGGAUCCUUGACACUACUGCCUCUACUGCCACUGCCGAAGGUAGUGGCAGUAGAGAGAAGGGUGCUGGUACUACUGGUACUGCCUUUGGCAGUAGCAGUAAAGGCCAUAGCAGUAGUAGUAGAGAGAAGGGGGGUGGUAAAGAGCAGGGGGGUAGUAGAGAGAAGGGGGGUAGUAAAGGGCAUAGCAGUGCUAGUAGAGCAGAGGAUAGUGUUGGCCCUGGCAUUGCAAGCACUGCCAGUGCUAGUAGAGCAGAGGAUAGUGCUGGCUCUGGCACUGCCUGCGGCACUGCCAGAGCUUCUAAUGCCACCGCCUAUUAUGUCUCCGAACAGUGCUCCCACCACCCGCCCAAAUCCUCCUACUUCUACAUCUACCCUUCUGAGAAAAUCCGAGUCGACGGCGUAGUAAUCCCCAAAUCGCGCUUCCUAGGUAACUCGUCUGCAGCCAUUAUGGAGGGGCUCGGCAAGGUCACGUUCCAUAACUGGAACGAGACGUUUACAAUGAACCAGCCAAACGUCUACUGCAGAGGGAUCCUCUUUGGCAAGAUGAGAUUGGAGCUAGGCGAUAAGGUGGAGGUGAGGAGUAGAAAGUACUGUGCAGAGAUAGAGUUUAAGACCAAGGGGUUUAUUAGUGGGGGGUACGACGAGAUCAGGGGUACAAUCAAGAGCUCCUCGGGAGAGGAGCUAAUGGUCAUAAGUGGUAAAUGGAAUGAGAAAAUAUCCUUUAAGGGUGUUGAGGAGCUAGAUGUGAGGGAGAUUAAGACAUUUCCCCCCGUUUCUAUUGAUGGAGGGGCGCUUUCUUCUCAUCGAUUGUGGGGCCCCACGAUCGCUGCACUUGCAGCAAGAGACCACAAGACCGCCACUGCUGAGAAAAUGAAGGUGGAGGAGGAGCAGAGGGUGUUGGCGAAGAAGAGGAUUGAGGAUGGAGUAGAGUUUAUGCCGCGGUACUUUCAGCGGGGAAAGGAUUUGGAGUAUGAGUUUAAGUGGGGGAUCGAUAUGGAGAGGGGAGAGGAGGAGAUUGGGAGAGAGGUGGAGGAGGUGUUGAGAGGGGGGAGGUAUGAGAUUCCAGAGUAUAGACACACCAGAACGAGUGAACACACCAGCACGAAGUGA